UCGAAUGUAUCGUGAACGUAGCAUCGCUCAGUAAUCAUGGCGCCGACCAAAAAACGCAACGUGAGUUCGGCGAAAACAAACCAACAAAGUGUAAAGAAAGCUAAAUUUGACAUUAACAGUAAAGUCGACAGUGUCCUCGAGAGCAAAAAACAUGCCAACGAUGUUUUCGACAUCCUCGAGGUCCUCGAGUCAGAGAAGGAGAAGGAUAUUAUCAGUGCUGUCAGUGCGUGCAGCAAAUUGUUCUGCACCUUGUUGGAGCGGAAGGAGCUGUUUAAGGGAAAACUGCCCGGAGAGGAGGAGGCGCUCAGCAGAGGGCUCAGUGCUGAAGACAAGUACCGCAUAUUCAUGCGACACCGCUACAACAGCUGUGUGGAGAUGCUGCUCGAGCACCUCAGCCAUGAACUUCACGGAGUCAAGGAGAGUGCCCUCUGCUGCCUGAUGAAGUUCGCUGCAGUUGAAGGACAGCAUCCCCUCGAGGACUUGGACUGGAGUGAACACUACAACUUUCCAAGAGAACUCAUCCUGGCGUUGGUGGAGCGACUGCUGUCCAAAACUACAGACAACUCACUGCUGAUCUCCAGAUUCCAGGAGUUCCUUGAGAUGGAGGAUGUACGCUAUUAUGUCAUGAGCUCCGUCCGGGAGAAUGUGGGCAAAGUCAUGGACAAAAACAAAGGGGCUGUGGUGCCCAUUUAUCAGGGCAAUGUGUUCACCCUCAUGUCCAACAUCAGUGUGCCAAGCAAGGAGUCAGAGCUCACUAACUUCAUGGUCAAACAGGAAGCCAAGCAUGAGGACUGGAAAGCUGCUAAACUGAUUGAACACAAGCGUGUCUUUGAGAGGAUGUGGCUGGGCUUUCUCAAGUAUAAGCUGCCAAGUAACAUGUAUAAAAAGGUCCUGGUGAUCCUCCAUGACUCCAUCUUGCCCCACAUGAGUAAACCCACACUGAUGAUUGACUUCUUGACUGCUGCUUAUGAAGUUGGUGGCGCUAUCAGCCUGCUUGCCCUCAAUGGCCUUUUUGUUCUCAUACAUCAACACAACCUAGAUUACCCUGAUUUCUACAAGAAGCUGUAUAAUCUGCUCGAGCCUUCUGUUUUCCACGUGAAAUACAGAGCACGCUUUUUCCACCUAGCUAACAUCUUCCUCAGCUCCAGUCACCUGCCAGUGUACUUAGUGGCUGCGUUUGCCAAACGCCUGGCUCGCCUGGCCCUCACAGCGCCAUCCACAGCCCUCCUCAUCGUGCUGCCUUUUAUCUACAACCUGAUCCGUCGCCACCCAGCCUGCAGAAUCCUCAUACACAAGCCCAGCACAGAGGAUGAACCUUUAGAAGACCCGUAUCUAAUGGAUGAAGAGGAUCCUGUUGAGUGCUGUGCCUUAGAAAGCAGCUUGUGGGAGAUUAAGACGCUGCAGAAACAUCACCAUCCAGAUGUGGCCAAAGCUGCGAUGAUGAUCAACAAUCCCCUGCCGGAACAAGAGGAUGACAUCAGCGAGGUGCUGGAGAUAACUACAUAUGAGCUGAUGGAGAGAGACCUGAAGCAGUCGCAGAUGAAAAGCAUCCCACUGGAGUUUGAAACGGCGACACAGUUGCUGCAAGGAGGGGGAGAUGUGUUAGGGCAGCAUUUCUGUCUGGAUUGAGACAAAUAAAAAUAAGAAACCACAUUCUCAGUGUGGGAUACAUUUCUGGGACCAGUUCACCUGGCAGCAGUUCGGUCUGAACAGAAGAAAUGGACAGACUCUAUCAGACCAGCUCGAAGAAGAGAAAGAACAGCAGUAAUGUGUUUGAUGGCGAGUUAUGUUAUUAUGUUUUUCUCCAUGAUGGUGUUGGUAUGUAUUGUACAUCAACAAUAAAAAACUUUUCUAAAGCUCACGAUUAAUACA